CGUUAGGACUGUUCCGUGUCGUAACGGCAGACUCAAAAAGUGCCGUACAAGCAAGGGCCAUGCUGCGAUUGCCGCAGCUAGCUAGCUAGCGUUGCCCUGCCUGGUGUGUUUGCACCAUUUCGCGUGGAGCUUCGAGUGCCACCAAUAACUUUUAGACUACCGGUCUCUAGUCUAGCUAGGUCUACUUGUCAUGUUGAUGCGGGUUGUCCGCCUUGUGCCGUCCUUGUUGCUACCGCUUCCAGUGCGUACGGAUGUGACCAACAGUGAGUACCAUAUUUUAAAAUAUCCUUCACCCUCGUGAGACACGAACGGGAAUGAUCUUUCUGCGAUCAGAGCGAUUGUGCUUCCAAAGUUGUUGUCGACAAACAACAACAAAAGGGCCAGACAACUCUUCACAAUGGCGGAUAGUAGGCUCUGGAUUUGAGCCGUACCACCAGGUAGUAGAUAGAUUGUAGAAGAGGAGUAGAAAGCUUCAUCAUGUCUUAUUCACAGCUACGGCGACCGCUAGCAAUAUCGCUCAAAAUCCUGUUGGUGGUCUGGAGCAGCAGUUUUCUCGUCUCACUGGCCAAUGCAGCCGACAAGAAUAAUAAUAAUUUGACUGGCUUGGAAAUGUUGGAUCCAGAGAGCCUCAAGGCACGCCAAGACGAAGUCAAGUUGGACCGCAAACUCAAAAAGGCAUUUGACAUGGCCAAACGGACUCUGGACGACUACAAUGACGCCAAAUCCAAACUGUCCACACUCUCCCACCAAAUAGUGCAAGACGAGGAUGGACUCGGCAACAAACUGCAAGAGAUUGAGGACCUGAAAGAAGCCGUAGCGGUCACGACGGAACGCAUUGACAAGCACAUACGAGAUCUCAAUGCUGACCAGAUUUUAGAAUUAAAGAAAGAAAUGGAAGAGUUGCGAAAACGAGAGUUGCAACGACGAGAAAAGUUAAAAGAAAAAGAGGAACGAGAAGCGACACGACGAGAAAAGCAGCAACAAAAGCUACAAGCCAAAAGAGAAAAGGCCAUCAAAAAGAGAGAAAAGGAGAAGAAGAAAAAGAAGAUGAUGAAAACGAAAAAGCAAAUGAAAAAGAAAAAGAAACAAAAGACGAUUGUACCAGAAGGUGCCAUUACCAAGGCCCAACUCCGAAAUCUUGUGGACGUCAAAGCGAUUGUCAAGGAAAGCGACGAAAAGCUCGAAGAUUGGUGUGCCAAGCUCGUUGAAGAGGAAGUGGCAGCAUUGCAAGAAGAAUUGGAAGAAGUCGUCAUUGAAGCAACAACUGCCCUUGGCGAACUGGGCAAUGAAAUAAGAAAGGCUGUCGAGGAACCAGCAGUCGUAGAGGACGAUGAUGACGAAGAAGCACCAGAGGUGGAAUGUUCGGGUGCCACUUUGGUCGAUGCCGUCCAUCUAGUGCAAGAAUCUUUGGUCAAAUAUUCUCACGACGCUGUGGGAAUGGUAGAUCACCUCGCCCAAGCAUCUGUGGUACACUUUCUCACCAGUGACAACUAUGUACCUGCUGCCAAACAGAAUAGUCCCAUUGAUGCCCAGUGGUGGUUCCAAUAUUUACCCGAUGACUGGGAAAGGGGGCUAGAUGCAAUAAUGCCGGUUGGAUGGAGACAAUGGAACGUGGCCAUUCCCGAUUAUGUCUACCAUACCUUUGGUUUCCAUAAAAUGGCAGCCACGGCACCACCGGAAGCUAUUCUGACACCUCACAUCUAUCCCGGCUCUUGUUGGCCAAUGGCAGGCUCAUCGGGACAGGUAACACUGCGGCUUCAGAAUCCUGUCAAGGUGAGAGCUGUGACUAUGGAUCAUGCCCCGGAACUCUUAUUUGAAGACCCCUUUGAACGCAAGAGUGCUCCAAAGACUGUUCGAGUGUUUGGUUACCCGUCGUGCUGGGUGAAGCAAGCCGGACAGAGUGAUUACAUCAAAGACGACUACUUGGACGAAGGCGAUGAUUCCGACGAAGACGACGCUGACUAUGUUCGUGGUUUGUGUCCAGAUGGACUGAACUUUGACAUUCAGAAACCGAUUGUUCUGCACGAUUUUGAAUACAACAUUUCGGGGCCUAGCAUCCAGACGUUUCAGAUUCCAUUACCCGAGGAGGAGAUUGAGGAAGAUGAGGGCAGUGACGGCGGCACUUGCUCGCAAGACACUGGGACUUGUGGGGGAGGCAUGGAAGGCAAUGAUGCCUUGUUUGCGUCUCCGGAUCGCUCCGGUUCUAUCAAUGAAGGUGUCAAAGCAAUCCGGCUACAGGUGACGGAUAACUGGGGGAACGCUGACUACACUUGCAUUUACCGAUUCCGCAUCCACGGGGACACCAUUGAAGACUGAGUGCACUGAUUUCCUUCUUCCAUACCUACCGUAGGUAAACGUCAGCAACCUGUCAACCCACGAGGAAUGAGCAUUUCCGAGGUCACAUGGUUUGCGAUGGAAGUUGUCUCAAUCAGCGUCACUCAGCGUCACUGUUCUCGGCAGUAGACCCAAGCCGUCUCGUCCUUCUAGCCGUAGCUAGAAAAUAGUACUGCCUUGCCGAUCUAAAUAACACGGACUUCAAAGAAAAGCUUCUUGCACCGUGCGGCUUAUUAAAAUCCCCCUUGCCCAUCAGAAGACUAGCCGAGAGUCGUUGUUUCUACAGCAUGAUUGAUGUGCACUGGGAUGCGGCCUUGCAU